AUGGUUGACGUGGCUGCAUUACAGGAGAUCAGAUGGAAGGGUGAGGGUACAAGGUUUGUGGGGGCUAAAGGUGGAAGAUAUAAGUUGUGGUGGAAGAGGGAUGAUGGUACGGGAAGAGUUGGUGUGAUGGUAAGAGAAGAGUUGGUGGAGAAGGUGUUGGAAGUGAGGCGGAGAAGCAAUGGGGUAAUUGUGGUGGUGAUGGUGUUUGGAAAAGUAAUAGUGAGGGUGAUAUCAGGAUAUGCUCCGCAACAAAGUAGGAAGGAAGAGGAGAAGGAUAGGUUUUAUGAUGAUGUUUCUGACGAGAUUGGGCAAGCGGGGUUGAAUGAGUUUGUGGUGUUGUUGGGUGAUUUGAAUGGUCAUGUGGGGGCGGAUGCAGACGGAUAUGAAGGUGUACAUGGGGGAUGGGGAUAUGGUAUACGGAAUGAGGAAGGGCGUAGAGUGUUGGAGUUAGCAGAUGCACAUAGCAUGGUGGUGGGGAACACUUGGUUCACAAGGGAACCAGCGCGAUUGAUUACUUAUAGGUCAGGGGAACAUAGAUCGAUGAUCGACUAUAUAUUGGUAAGGGCCAAACAUAGGAAGUAUGUGAAGAAUGUGAAGGCGAUACCUGGUAUGUUGCAGCAUAGUAUGGUUGUGAUGGAUGUGACAUCAAAAGAAAUGGGGAGGAGGAAGAAGGAUAAAUGCAACAUUUUCUAUCUGAAGUUUGAAUAUUACACAUGA